AAAAAGUGUCACACAAUUUUGCUAAUUUUGUGUGUGAGAUAUUUCUGUCAUUGAUUAUGAAAUGUUUGAAUUCUGAUAAGCCGCUUUGGCAGCGUACCUUAACUUUAGAAGUUAUUCAUAAAUUGACUACGAAACGUUUUGAUUGUAAAAAUCACGCUACCAAUAUUGUGCAAGAUAUGAUUACAUCGUUGGCGACUUUGUGCGAUAUUCAUUGAUUAAUGCAUCAGCACUUGGUCAGCGUCUGUGGAGACGUACAAUAAAAACCAAAUCUUUAGUGUAUCAUAGAUUUGGCGUACCCGAUGAGGUAGUGGAAAUGAUUGAGGAAGAAUUGCCUGAUCCAGGCGAUAAACAGCUGCUUAUUAAAAUUGCAUUGGCUCCUAUAAAUCCGUAUGAUCUUUAUAAUAUACUAGGCAAAUUUCAUACCGGACCUAAGAAAUUUCCUUAUACAGGAGGUAGUGAAUUUGUAGGUGAAGUCGUGAAAACUGGCAUCGAAUAUACUCCUUUUGUCCAGGGUGACGUUGUCAUCCCGUUAACUAUGGGUUCAGGAGCAUGGACGACUUACAAACUGGUUGAUGAGUCCGACGUGCUCAAAGUACCGAAUGAAGUUGGCUUACAAGAGGCAGCCACCACAGCGAUUACCGCUUGUACUGCUUACAGGUUAUUGAGAGAUUUUGUAACAUUAAGCGAGGGCGAUUCCGUAAUACUAAGUGGAGCUAAUAGUGCUGUCGGUCAAAUGAUUCUUCAAUUAUGUAAAUUAUGGAACAUUAACUCGAUAGGUGUUGUCCGCGACCGUGACAACGUUGCAAAUUUAAAAAAAGAUCUGAAACGCUUGGGCGCCACGGAAAUUUUAACUGAGAAAGAAAUUGGUCGUACCGAUUUAUUUGAAACCUAUCCUAUGCUUAAGCCGAAGAUAGCUCUGGACUGCAUUGGCGGUACGAUAGGAUCAAUGAUAGCCAAGCGUUUGGUUAAAGACGGUUUUAUGAUUAGCUACGGAGAAAUGUCGAAUGAGCCCAUUUAUGCCGAAUCGAAUCAGUUUGUCAUGCAAGAAAAUGUGUUUAUGGGUUUUUCAAUAAUUAAGUGGUUAGACGAGAAUUUCAAAUUGGAUAAACACGUUCACAUGCUCGAUGAAUUAAUGAUAGAAUUAUCAAGGAAGGAUUUGAUAGCACCAAGAAUGGAAAUGGUACCGUUCGAUUUCUAUAAAGUAGUUCCUGAUGCAUUGAAAUUCGUUAAUAUGGCUAACAGAAAAUUUGUGUUCGAUAUGAGAGAGGAGACGCUCGACGAAACCGUUCAAUUAGUUGAUUCAAAUUAAAUAUGAUUUCGAGCGAAUGCCAAAGCUUGUCAACUCGAAACUUUUUUAUGCUGCUUGAGGCGGCGGAAAUAUAUGCGAAAGCUAUUUGAAGUGAUGAAAGUGUAUGAGAAAUUUAAAAAUGUACGAGAUAUUACGCUCUUAAGUAUUAAAUUUUUCAUAAAGUAUUUCUCUUAUUAAAAAAGGUUUUGCAAAGAAGAGUUUAAAGACGGUUUUCUUCUGAAAAGGAAAAUUAGUCAAAGCUGACAAUUUUUGAAAAUA